AUGUCCGCCGAGAUCCCCAAACACAUUCAUCACAACAUCCCUCAAAUCCGAGGUCAAUACAUCACCUCACUAACAAACUGGGAAAUGGGCCUAUCCACCCAGCCUAAGCUAGACAGCUAUACCCUUGGCAGGAAGCUCCUCGCACUCGCCGGGCACUUGGGCAAGAAUUUCCUAAUUCUUGAAAUAGUCGACAGCCCCAGCAUUGCUCUCUGCUACCGCCCUAGGGUGAACUGCAUUAUCAGUGUACUGCUAGACACUAACGAGUUGCUUCAGGCAGACCGGAAUCUUGUGUACACAGCCCCUCAUGUCCUGGCUCACAUUCUGCGAAUGCUGAUUGUCCAGAUCGGCAGACUGACGCUUGUGGAUGUUGGAGAUGGUAAGGCCGUGCAUAUGGAUAGGACUGCGGAUGUAAUGGAUGCCUCUAUAAAAUUUGGAAGUGUUGGAGUUGGGGCUUUUGAGAACUGUGAUGGUCAGCAGCAGAUGAUGCUUGCUAGGCUUUGGAAGAAAAUGCAUUUUGUUGGUAGGUGGUGUGUAGAAUUCUGA